GAUAGCGCCACUAACCGAUUGAAACCAACUUCACCUAAGUAUAUAUAUAAACGAUAUAAUUUUUUUUUUAUAUGUGUUAAGUGGAAUUAAAUAUAUAAAGAUAUGUUAUUUUAUAACAUAAUCAACCAUUUAAUAGUUUACAUAAUUCAUCGAGAAUUAGAGUAAUUUAUUUUUCAUCUCCACAAUUGUGAAAACUGCAACUAAAUGGAUACAUUGAACUGUGAAUUAUAGGUUAAAAACCAAAAAAUAAAAUGCAAACUUUAGCAAAAUAUUCAAGCCGGCACUUUGCACAAUCAAAAUGUGCAUUUGGCAAUUUUUAUAAACAUUCUGUAGAAGAAAAUGUUUUUAAUAAAGAGCAAAUUUUUAUAAAAUCAUGGAAUAAUCUACAAUUUUGUAGAUUUUUUCAAACAUCAAAACAAUCAUUCAAAUAUUUGAAAAGAGAAUACAAGGGAGUAUGUUGUUUACUGCGACGAAGUGGAAUAGAUGACAUAUUUAUACGAAAAAAAAUUAAAAUUUUUAGAAAUUUUAGUGUAACAACUAUAAAAUAUAGUAGAUCACCUCAUUCAAAAAAUGAUGAACCAUCUAAAAAUACUGCUUCAGAUUCAAACAACCAAAACACUGGAAGUAAUAAUAAUGAAGAGAAAAAUAAAGAUUCUUCAAACGAGGAUGAUCGAAAACAAUUGUUUUUCAAAUCUGCAUUAGUUUUCAUUCAAAUAAUGUUGACAUUAUUUUUUUUUUCAUAUCAAUUUACUCCAUCUAAUAUACGAUGGCAAGCCUCGUGGACCGAUUUUGUUUAUCACAUGCUUGCAAAAGGGGAAGUACAACGAAUUAUUGUUGAUCCAGAAGCAGAAUCAGCAUUAAUAUUUCUACAUCCUGGAGCUAUCAUAAAAGGACAAGUAACACCAAUUCAUGCUUUUAAUAUGCGUAUUUCAAAUCCUGAUCGUUUUGAAGAGAAAGUAAGAGCAGUGGAAGCUUCUCUUGGCAUAAAACCAGGUGAUGGAGUGCCAAUUUCUUAUCAUCGUAGAUUUGGUUUGGUUCCUAAUAUACUCGUUGCAUUGGUAGUUUCCUUUAUCAUAUAUAUGAUAUUUAGAGGUGGAAAAAGUAAAUUUCCGUUUUCAACGGAUAUGUUCGAUAAUUUAAAACGUGCUAAAUUCACAUUAGUAGAUCCUUUAACUGGAAGUGGAAAAGGUGUACGUUUCUCAGAUGUUGCUGGUUUAAAAGAAGCGAAGGUUGAAGUUAUGGAACUUGUUGAUUAUUUAAAACAUCCUGAACAUUACAAAUCACUUGGUGCUAAAGUGCCAAAAGGUGCUUUACUUUUGGGUCCACCAGGUUGUGGUAAAACAAUGUUGGCAAAAGCUGUAGCAACAGAAGCUAAUGUACCAUUUUUAUCUAUAAAUGGAACAGAAUUUAUUGAAAUGGUUGGUGGAGUUGGUGCAGCUCGAGUUAGAAGUUUGUUUCGCGAUGGAAAAAAACGAGCACCUUGCAUUAUUUAUAUUGAUGAAAUUGAUUCAAUUGGUGGAAAACGUCUAGAUGGAUCAGCUGCCGGUCAAGGAAAUAGAGAAAGUGAACAAACUUUAAAUCAACUAUUAGUUGAAAUGGACGGUAUAGGAUCGAGAAGUGAUGUAAUUGUUUUAGCUUCUACAAAUCGAUCGGAAGUUCUCGAUAAAGCUCUAAUGCGUCCAGGUAGAUUUGAUCGACAUAUUUUGAUUGAUCUUCCAACUCUUACAGAGAGGCGGGAAAUUUUUGAACAACAUCUCAAAAGCAUUAAAUUAGCUAAACAACCAAGUGAAUAUUCUAUGCAAUUAGCUCACAUGACACCGGGAUUCAGUGGUGCUGAUAUAGCAAACAUUUGUAAUGAAGCUGCCAUUUAUGCAGCUAGAACUAAAAAGAAGAGAGUCGAUUCCAGUGAUUUAUUACAUGCUAUAGAUCGAGUGCUUGGUGGUACUGAAUUAAAAAAUAAUUCAAUAGUUGCUGCAGAAAAACGAAUGAUAGCAUAUCGUGAAACAGGACGCGCACUUGUUGCCUGGCUUUUAGAACAUACUGAUGCUCUUCUAAAAGUAUCAAUCAUACCAAGAUCAAAAUCAGUUGGAUUCACUCAACAAGCACGAGGCGAACAAUAUCUUCACACUAAGGAAAAACUCUUGGAUCGAAUAUGUGUGAUGCUUGGUGGUUCAGCUGCGGAAAAUUUAAUUUUCGAAAAAUGCACAACUGGAAAUAAAGAUGAUUUUAAAGCUAUAACUAAACUUGCAUAUUCUCUUGUCAGAGAAUAUGGAAUGGACUCUAAAGUUGGAUUAGUUUCUUUUCCUUCUGAGAGUACAAGUGGGCCAAUAAAGCCGUACAGUAAAUCUCUUGGAAAUCUAAUAGAUGCUGAAGCUUCGAACUUGAUUGCCGAAUCUUCUAAACGUACCAGAAAGCUAUUGGAGGAAAACAAGGAUAAACUGCAAAUAGUUGCUGAAGAACUUUUAAAACGAGAGGUGCUAACCUAUAAAGAUAUUGAAAAAUUGAUUGGACCACCACCCUUUGGAAAGAAGCAAUUGGUUGAUCCUGCAGAUUUGGAUACAACAGUAGAUUUAGAAAAUUCUGAGGAUCCACAAGAUCCUGAAGCUUCUUCUCCAGAACAAUCUCCUGCAUAGUGUAUAAAAUUUAAUUUAUUUUUAUAAAUCAUUAAAUAAUGUUUUUUGCAGUAAUAUUAUGAUUUUUUUUUAAAACGCGAUACAUUUGUUGUUGAGAUUUUUUUUAAAUAUAUGUAUAUAAAUUAUGUACAUAAGUUAAAAUUAAAAUUUUUAAAAUGGAAAGAAAUUGUUUUAUUUACGAGUAGAGUAGUACAUUUGAUAUUUUUUAUCGAGUGGCGCAAAUUGAAGAUACUUUUCUCUCUUUUUUUUUGACAUAAAUUCAUUAUAUAAUUAUAUCACUGAGCUUUUUUCUGAAGCUUUCGAUUAUCACGUUAACAAUUAAAAGCAACAUACACUAUUUAUGUUAUGUACAUUGUGUGUAUUGAAUGUUAAUCUAUUAUAUUACGCGUAAUUAAAAUAUAUUUUAUGUAAAUUAAAUAUUACCUUGUACUAUUGAGACAGAUUUUUGCCUCCCAAAAAUAUUAUUGGGAAGUUAUUUUUGUAUCAAAAAAUGCUACUGUCAUUAUUGACAAACAACCCUGUUACCAAUCUUAUGCUCAACUCUUUAAGUGCUCAUUAGAAGUAAAAUUUUGAGCACUGAGAAGAUAAAUUCAAGUUUUAUACUAACUUGAUUGAAUAAAAAUCUGUUUGUCCAUUUUCAAAAUACAUUAUACAUUUCUUAUAUUAUUAAAGCUUGUAAUUGAAAAUUCUUUAAAUAUUUAAUUACUGAGGAUGUACUUUCUAACUACAGUAAA